GCGGCAGAAAAUGGCGGCCGUGGCUGCAGAUCCAGGAGCAGCUGCGGUUCCAACAACAACGACGAGCCCGGCGACGGAGCUCGACGUCGGGAUCGAGCCGGGCUCGAGGACGGAGCCCGGCCGGGGCCCCGGCGGCCCGCAGGACAGCUUGCUGUCCGCGGAGCGGGCGGAGGAUGGAGGGGACUCGGAGGCCCGCCAUGUCGGGCCGGGGCCGGGGCCCGCGGGGGGCGGCGGGACCGAGCCCCCCCCGGAGCGCUUCUCCCCGGGACUGUCUCCCACGGACCCGUACCGGAGCAUCCCGCCGGACCCGCAGCCCCACGCCGUGUUCCUGCACUCGUUCCCGGCCCCCCCGGGUCCGGGGGCCGAGGCCGGCCUCUCCCUGGCCGAGCCGGCGGAACCGGCCAGAUGUGAGCCGGGGGACCGGGACCGGGACCCGGGCCGGGGCUACACGGCUCUGCUGCAGGACGGAGCCGCAGACCGGCCGGAGCCCGGGGCCGUCCCGGGCCGGUUCUGCUCACAGCAGGACCGCCGAGCAGAACCCGUCCUGCUGGACCUGAGUCCCGGCUCCGAGGUCCGGGUCUGCCUGGACCACGUGAUCGAUGACGCGCUGGUGGUGUCGUUCCGGCGGGGGGACCAGGUGUUCUCCGGGGUUCUGAUGGACGUGUCCAAGAGGUUUGGACCCUAUGGCAUCCCCAUCACAGUGUUUCCCAGACGCGAUGACCACAGUCAGCCUCCAGUUCCUCUGCACCAGGUUACCAGCGACAACUUCCCAUCCAUCAAACAGGAAGAGAACACUGCCACACCUCCAUCUCCUCCCCCUCCUCAACCCUGGACCUCAAAACCACCACCGCUGUUCCAGGAAGGGGCGCCAUAUCCACCUCCACUGUUCAUCAGGGACACCUACAACCAGGCCUUACCUCAGCCGCUGCCACGCAAAAUCAAACGGCCCAAGCGGCGCUACCGCUGUGAGGAGCCCACCUCCAUCAUGAACGCCAUCAAGCUCCGGCCUCGCCAGGUUCUCUGUGACAAAUGCAAAGGUGUGGUGACAUCAGGUGGGCACAGGGAGGCUCGACGAGUGGAGCUGAGGAGCGAGGAGGCAUCACGGCGGCGGAGGCCGCCGGAGGGUCCGAUCUCUUCCGAGGUUAAACGUCUUAGGAGCGAUGACAAGGGAGGACGUGCCGAAAGACGCACAUCUUCAGAAAUCCAUGUGUCGUCAUCGUCGUCAUCCUCCUCUCGUCGCGUCCUGAGGGGCGUAGCUUCCUCCUCAUCUGCAUCUUCAUCCUCAUCCAGCCAGAUGCAUUUGAAGCUGAACUCUAAGAAGGUCCUGGCCAAAGGCUCUGUCAUCGAGCGCUCCAAAGCUCGCCAGGUUCUGAAGAAGCUGGUGAGAAGCUCGCAGCCAGUGGUGCAGCCCAAAGACCAAGACCAGAACAGGCCUGGAGACCAGGAGCAGGACCGCACAAAAGCUGUGACCCGGGCCGCUGCACUUCAGAACCACAACCAGAAGGUCCACUUCACCCGCCGCCUGCAGCGCCUGAGUGGAGCUGCCUUUGGGGCCGGUGGUCACGCCACACUGCCACCCAGAAUGCGCCUCAAACCACAAAGGUACCGUACCGACGACAGCCAGGCUCCGCCUUCCCCAGCGCCAUCCAAACAAAAUGCUCGCUUAUCACCACCACCCAAAGCCCCGAUAAGCCCUGCCUCUGAACAAACAGCCACACCCCCUCACUCAGUUACAGCUCCUCCCCCAACACCUCCUUCCCUUUCAGAAUUCAGCAUUGCCACAGAGGCACAAGAGGCUCCUGCACCUGUGGAAGAAGGGGUGGGUCACAGGCAGGAGGUUUACCCUCCUCCCCCCUCCUUUUCCUCUAUUGACUCCUCCUACUCAGAGUCCAGCUCCACAGAAACGUUUGACCUCCCCCCUCCUGGAGAUGCUCCUUCCUCCUCUUCCCCCCCCACCCCAGAUCCACUCCUCCCUCCCACCUCAUUAGCGCCUCGCUGCCCACCCACCCUCUCUCCAGCUCCUCCCAGAGCCGAAAGCGAGGACGAGGAAGGAAGUGAUCUGAAGAGGCGUUCAAAGUCGUCCUCGUCCUCUUCUGUCUUUUCCAAAACAGUGUCCAAAUGUCUGCUACCAGACGGACGGACUGUGUGUGUCGGUGACAUUGUUUGGGCCAAGAUCUACGGCUUCCCAUGGUGGCCUGCGCGCGUGCUUGGCAUCACAGUGUCCCGGCGAGGCGACACAGGGCUGGCGGUGCGGCAGGAGGCGCGUGUGUCCUGGUUCGGCUCUCCCACCACCUCCUUCCUGCCGCUCAGCCAGCUCUCACCCUUCCUCGAGACCUUUCAGUUGCGCUUUGACAAGAAGAGGAAGGGGCCGUACCGCCGCGCCAUCGCGGAAGCCGCCAGCGCCGCCAAGCAGCUCACACCUGAAGUCCGUGCGCUGCUCACGCAGUUUGAAACGUAGCACCAUGAUUGCUGCACCCCAUCCCUCUCUGCACAUGACCUGCCCUUCAAGGGGUGGGAGGAGCUGAACCUCAGAUUGAUAAAUACCUGUCAUGUUCAGGAGGCGGGGCUUAUUUCUCCCAACUACCAGGUGUCAGUGACAGCAUUUCAGCUGGCCUCAUCAGGAAUGAUGUCAUCAGCAUCCUUUGAGUAUGUCAUAGUGAUGUCAUCCGAUGGGUUCUGUAGAGCAGUGACCGCACAGGUGCAUCAACCAAAAUGUAGGUUCUGUUCAGCGCAGCAUCAUUGUUAUCCUUUUAGAUUUUGACAGAUGAGCAUGAUGAUGUUGCACAUGACAUCAUCACCACAAAGUCCUGAUACGAUAAACACUACUAAUAACACUUCAAUGUGGAUUGAUCUAAUGAUCCAUUGAACAUGUGUUAUGUGUUCCACAUCUGUGCUUCUGUUUGAUAAGUUGCAGCGUUGACUGCUGCAGUCCGCUCAUUAGUUCAGUCCGUUUUGGUUCAGCUUGCUUAAGCUAUUCACUCUGAGUUCUUCUGGUUCAUCAGUCCAAUUCAGUCCAGUUCGCUGGUCCAGUUAGACUGGUUGGCGCUGGUUUCAGUCCAGUUUGGUGCUGCUAAGUCCACCGGUCUGGUUCAGCCCAGUUUGAUCUACCAGCGGCAGCCUGAAAUGCUGAGUCUCACUGACAUCACUUCCUGUUCUGGUUCUGCUGGGUUGUCUACUGUUUUCAAAACUGUUCACAAAGAAUCCUGAAACUGUGAAACAAAGUGUUGUCCAAACACGGCCCAGAGUCAGUUGAUCCGUCUCUUCAGUCCCCUCUGAUCAGCUUCCAGACCUGGUGAUCGUUGUUAUUGAUCAGAACAGACCAGACUCGGAGCUCAGAGAUUGUUUCUGCAGUGCUAUGGCUGACGUCUCACUCGUUCCGUGUUUGAGAGACGCAAGCUUGAAUCUGAAACAGAUGGACAGGUAGGACAGGUAGGACACACUGACUGUUAGACAGGACGGCUGCUCUGCUCUCUGAUGAAGAUGUGGAUUAUGAAGGUGGAUUUUCCCCUCUGCUGUGUUUAGUUGAGCUUUUGGACUCUUUUUACCGUCUGUUUGCAGAUCAGAGAUUCUGAACGAGUGUAAAUGUUUUUUCCUGUUUUGAAUCUGUUAAUAAACUGUCAAACUGCUCUAAUCGUCAUCGUCGUCAUUUUCACUCUUCUUCUGUGGCAUUUCACUGUUGGCGGCAUGCCAGCUGCAGACCUCAGAUUUUCUCACCUGCAAACAGAUGUUUGGUAAACGGGUCUGCAGAGAUACUUCUACCAAAACAACCAGCAACAGAACGGAUAAAUAAAUUCACUUCAGUCCACUGAGAUGUUCUCUGUUCUCCAGACUGGGAAAAUAAGAUAUUGGCCAUUUCCUCAACGUAGAAUCACCUGACCCUCUCCUGAAGCUCUAAGGGCUCGGUGAAACUGAGCCCUUAGUGAAACUGAUGAUAAAUUUGCAAAGUUAACUCAAGUUACCUGGCGACUGGUUACUUUGUAAUGCUAAUCAAGUUAAAGUUAGCUGGUUCUGAUAAACUAAUAAUGUUACAAUAAAGUUAAUUAACGUUAUCGGGAUCCAGUAAUGUAGAAUUGU